AUGAGAAGAACAAAAAUAUCCAUCACCAGAGAAAAAUGGACUCAGGGAUAUAUUCCAAAAGUUGCCCUUACGUUCAGCGAAGAGGACACCAAGGCCCUGUCUCAACCCCAUAUCAAUGCCCUAGUAAUUUCCUUCCUUGUGAAUUCUUUUCAGAUAAGACGUGUACUCGUGGACCCAGGUAGCUCAGCCAAUAUUGUCAGGUCAAGGGUGAUUGAACAGCUCAGACUGCUCGACCAGAUCGUGCUCGCCACUCGAGCCCUCAAUGGAUUCAACAUGGCGAGCGAAAUGAUGAAAGGAGAAAUCAUUAUUCCGGUUACCAUGGCCAGCAUGACCCAAGACACCAAAUUCCAUAUCAACCAGGGAGAUAUGAGGUAUAAUGCCUUAUUUGGGCAGCCUUGGAUACACUGCAUAAGAGCGGUACCAUCCACCCUUCACCAGAUAAUAAAAUUCCCAACAAAGGACGGGAUGAAAACCAUCUACGGGGAGCAGCACGCAGCAAGGAAAAUGUUUGCUAUACAUGACGUGGUACCAAUGCUCAUACCUCCGCCCCCGGAUAAGCCAAAGGGCAAAUCGGGCCUCGACCUCGGUCGAGCUUGA